AUGCCUGAAGCCGUCAAGGCUGUCGUCUUCGAGGCCAAGACCAACGUCGAGAAAGAAUUUGAUGUUAAAGGCACAAUCCAACCCGGAGAGAAACUGCCCGACUUCAUCCUCUCCGAUGCUCGUGGCAAGCCGGUCAGCAGCAUCGACCUCCUAGCCAAGGGCCCUCUUCUCAUUCUCUUUUACCGCGGCGGCUGGUGCCCUUUCUGCAACCUCACUUUGAGGGCCUUUCAAAAGCGCCUGCAGGAUUUCCAGGCUCGCGGUGUCACACUGGUUGCGAUUACGCCAGAGCAGCCUGAUGCAUCGCUCACCACUGCUGAGAAGAACGAGCUCGCGUUUCCGGUGCUGACUGACGAUGGGCUCGAGCUUGCGCGAAAGUUACACAUUGUCUGGAAGCAGCCGGAAGACCUGGUGGCUACUUUGAACCAGAUUGGUGCGGAUCUGGAGAAGCGUCAUGGCAACGACUCGCCCGAGAUGGUUAUUCCCACGACACUGCUGGUUGACGAGAAGGGCGUGGUGAAGAACAUUUUCGCAGAGGCGGAUUGGAUGCAGAGACUCGAGCCCCAAGAGGCUGUCAACUGGGUGAAUGCGUUGUAG